AGUAAGCCCGGUUCCUGAAUGCAUUACAGGCUGGCUGGCUCUGGAGGAGACCGAAGUCCGGCGUGCUUAAAGUAGGCUACGGACACAGGAUUUUUCGCCGAUACCUGCAAGAAGUCGACCAGUGAUGUUGUUUAGUGUCACGUUACGGAUUAAUCUAGAGCAAUAAUCUUCCUUUUGGAGUAAUAUUAAUCUGCAGAAAACCGCAAAAGGAACAAAAGGAUUCCAUACAUCUGUGAUUGGCUGUGAGACUACCCUGACCCUGCAAAAUUGAAGAUGAUGUUGCUAUGGAAACUACUCAUGCUGCACUCACUUAUGGGCUGCCUCGCAGAGAGGGUUGGUGCCGCCGUGCAGAGUCCGGUGUUCAGCAAGCAGCCGGGCAGCAUCGUGUACCCCCUGGACGCCGUGGAGAAGAACCGGGAGGUGAUGUUCAGCUGUGAGGCCCAGGGGAUGCCCCCCGCCCUCUACCGGUGGAAACUGAAUGGCACAGUACUCAGUGUGAAAUCCAGCGGCUCCCACUACAGCCUUUCCGGAGGCAACCUGAGAAUCAGCCGCCUGAACAAGGACCACGAUGCUGGAACCUAUCAGUGCCUCGCCUCCAACUCCUUUGGGACCAUCGUUAGCCGGGAGGCCAGUCUCACAUUUGCAUAUCUAGAAAACUUCAAGACACACAAAAGAGGCUCAGUAUCGGUGCGGGAAGGACAAGGGGUGGUGCUACUGUGCGGACCUCCUCCACACUCAGGAGACCUGAUGUUCUCCUGGAUCUUCAACGAGUACCCCUCGUUCGUGAAGCAGGACCACCGGAGGUUCGUGUCCCAGGAGACGGGGAACCUCUACAUCGCCAAGGUGGAGUUGUCGGACGUGGGGAACUACACCUGCGUGGUGACCAACACCGUCACAAAGACCCGGGUGCAGGGGCCGCCCACACCGCUGGUGCUACGCAGCGACGGUGUGAUGGGCGAAUAUGAGCCAAAGAUAGAAGUGCAGUUUCCAGAGCUGGUCCACGGGGCCAAGGGAUCCACGGUGAAGCUGGAGUGUUUUGCGUUGGGAAACCCUGUGCCCUCCAUCAGCUGGAGACGGGUGGACGGCGUCCCCUUCGCCAGGAAGGUGGACACGCGGAAGGUCAGCGGGGUCCUGGACCUGCCUUACUUCCAGCAGGAGGACGCUGGCACCUACGAGUGUGUGGCCGAGAACUCCCGGGGCCUCAACACUGUGAAGGGGAAGCUCUCUUUCUACGCUCAACCUCAUCUCAUUGAGAAACCCCAAGACGUCCAGAAGUCCAUCGACGACUCGCUGGUGUGGGAGUGCAAGGCGACUGGGAAGCCCAAGCCCUCCUAUAGGUGGAUGAAGAACGGAGAGAACCUGGAGCCCACAGAGGAGCGCGUGCAGGUAGCCAACGGAGCCCUGUCCAUCAGCCGGCUGACCCUGGCUGACGUGGGGAUGUACCAGUGUGUGGCAGGAAACAAGCACGGCGAGGUGUACUCCAACGCAGAACUCCGAGUCAUAGCCGUUGCUCCGGACUUCGGCUCGACCCCGGUGAGGAGCCAGACGCUGGUGAAGGAGGGGGGAGACGUGCUCAUCGAGUGCAAGCCAAAGAUGUCUCCUUGGGGUAUCAUCUCCUGGAAGAAGACUGCCGAGCCGCUCCGGGAGAGUAACAGAGUUUCCAUCCUGGAAAACGGUAAUCUGCGGAUCUGGAACGCGACCAAAGUGGAUGCCGGCGUUUACACCUGCCUGGCCACGAACCAGUUUGGUGUCGCCAGCAGUUUUGGGAGUGUCACAGUUAAAGAGCCUACAGUGAUUGUCACCCAACCGUCCACCAUGGAUGUCACGGUGGGCGAGAGCGUCAUCCUGCCAUGCCAGGUGACCUAUGACCCCUCGCUGGAGCUGAAGUUCACCUGGUUCUUCAACGAGCAGCUCAUACACUUCGCCAACCAUGGAGGGUACUUUGAAAAAGUGGGCGGACAUUCGGCUGGGGACAUAAUGAUUCGAAACGUGCAGCUGAAGCAUGCUGGGAAGUAUACGUGCGCGGUGCAAACCAAGGUGGACAGCAUCUCCAUAGCUGCCGAUCUGGUUGUCAGAGGUCCUCCUGGCCCACCAAACGGCAUCCAUGUGAGUGAGGUCAGUGAAACGACCGUUUCCCUGUCCUGGAGGCCCGGCUCCGACAACCACAGCCCCAUCACAGCCUACACCAUCCAGGCCCGAACGCCCUUCUCCCUGGGUUGGCAAGCAGUCACCACAGUUCCAGAGUCGGUGGGGGGUCGCCAGCUGACAGCCACAGUCACAGAGCUGAACCCCUGGGUGGAGUAUGAGUUCCGGGUGCUGGGCAGCAAUGCGGUGGGCACGGGGGAGCCCAGCAAGCCCUCCAAACAAGCCAGGACAAAGGAGACCUCUCCGAGAGUCACGCCUGCUAAUGUGAGCGGUGGAGGCGGCAGUCGCUCCGAGUUAGUCAUCACAUGGGAGCCCGUGCCGGAGGAGCUCCAGAACGGCCCCGGGUUCGGCUACGUGGUGGCCUUCCGCCCUCACGGCGCUACGGGCUGGAUGCAGGCGGCUGUGCCCUCCCCGGAGGCCUCCCGCUACGUCUUCAAGAACGAGAGCAUUCAGCCCUUCUCCCCCUUCCACGUCAAGGUGGGGGUGUACAACAACGUGGGCGAGGGCCCCUUCGGAUCCGUCAGCACCAUCUACUCAGCGGAGGACGAGCCAGGAAGGGCGCCCACCAGGGUGCGUGCCAAGAGCCUGUCUGCCUCGCAGGUGGAGGUCUCGUGGAAAGCCCUGCCCUGGAACGCUAGCAAGCGGAGGCUUCUGGGCUACGAGCUGCGCUAUUGGCCCAGGAGUGAGAAGGAGGAGAGUGCCAGCGUGCAGCGCACCGUGGGGAACCAGACGUCCAGCGUGCUGCGCGGGCUGAGAGGCAGCACGUACUACUACAUCACCGUCAGGGCGUACAACACCGCCGGCACGGGCCCGCCGGGGGGCACAGUCAACGUCACCACCAAGAAACCACCCCCUAGCCAGCCCCCGGCCAAAGUGAUGUGGAACACGUCCAACUCCAAGAUCAUCGUGAACUGGGAGCAGGUCAAGGCCCUGGAGAACGAGUCGGAGGUCACUGGCUACAAAGUGCUGUACAAGAGGAACCGACACAGCCCCGCCAACGUCAUGGAGACCAACACGACGUCCGUGGAGCUGUCUCUGCCCACCGACGAGGAGUACAUCAUCCAGAUCAAGCCCUUCGGAGAGGGAGGCGAGGGCAGCAGCAGCAGGCAGAUCACCAUCCCCAGGAUAGCAGGUCCCAAUGCCAUUGGCUCAGCGUCCAAAGUCUCCACGCUGUCUGCACUCAGCACAAUAGCGCUGUCGUUCACAGCCCGGACCUCCUUAUGACAGACCAGUGCACCCGGCUGGCUCUGCACCUGACCCGGGAUGGGUGGUGCGUGGUGGGGAGGGUU